AUGUACAAUGUUGGCAUGAGCGCUUGCGAGAAGGGAGGGCAGUGGGAGCAGGCGCUAUCUUUGCAUGGCGAGCUUUGUAAGGCGAAGUUGAGUCCAGACGUCAUUAGCUACAACGCUGCGAUCAGCGCGUGCGAUAAGGGCAAUCAGUGGGAACAGGCUUUGUCGUUGUUCGCUGAGUUGUCAGCGAAAGGGUUGCAUCCAAACAUCAUCACGUUCUCUGCUGUGGUCAGCGCGUGCCGGAGGGCCAGGCAGUGGGAGCAGGCGUGGUUCUUGUUCGGCGAACUGAAGAAGACAGACAUCGUGCUGGACGUUAUCAGCUACAACACUGCUAUGAGCACGUGCGAUCACCUCGAACAGUGGGAGGACACGGUGUCACUGCUGGCCGAGAUGCGGGAAGCGGCACUGGAGCCAAACAUCAACAGUUACAAUGCAGGGGUUAAUGCGUACCACCAAGGUCGGCAGUGGCAGAAGGCGCUGUCAUUAUUCUCGAGGUGCGGGAGUCCAAGCUAG